GAUAGAUUAGGCUAAUCUAGUCUGUGAAGUACAGACCAGAGUCCUGAGCUGGGCAACAUGCCUGUCUCUUACACCUUACUUCUGUGUCUCUUCACAGCCUCAUCUGCAGAUGUUGUCGUAAAGGCCCGCAGUGAGUGGGGAGCUGCAGAACCUACAGAGCCCCGAACUUACAUAAAUGGUGAGGUGCCAUUUGUCAUCAUCCACCACAGCGGAGGUAACAACAACUGCUCCGGCCGUCCCUGCAGUCAGAUAGUACGCAACAUCCAACACUACCACAUGCACGAGAAGAACUGGGCAGACAUCGGUUACAACUUCCUAGUGGCUCCAACUGGAGAGGUGUUCGAGGGUCGAGGCUGGGGCAUUGUGGGGGCUCACGCAGUACUGUACAAUCAUAAGAGUGUCGGCAUCUGCUUGAUCGGAGAUUAUCACCAAAUUGAUCCUCCUCAAGUUCAGAUGACUGCUGCAAAAGAACUUAUCAUGCAAGGUGUCAGCAAGGGAAAGAUCAACAGGUUCUAUAAGCUGAUAGGCCACCGUCAAAUACGUGCAACAACAUGUCCUGGAGACAAACUCUACAAUAAGCUCUUGUUUUGGCCCCGAUUUACCCCUGAUCCUAAUGCGGUUUCUUUCAGAGAUUUUUCAUAGUUUAUUAUCUCUUCCCAAACAUUAUAUAAAAAAUAUACAUACCCUACUAAUUAUAAUACUGAGUAAGAAAACCCAUGUUGUAUGUAUGAUGAUUACAUUUUGAUGCUUUGCUGGAGAUAUCAAC